UCUGAAAUCAAGAUGAACUUCUGCUCUUCUGUCAUUGUAUUUGUGGCAGUUCUGAGUAUUACUGAGGGAAUGAGUUUGACGGGCGUAGGAGCUGACCCUCGCUGUCGCUGCAUUGAGACUGAGAGCAGGUUUAUGGGUAAACUCAUUGAGAAAGUGGAGCUGUUCCCUCCAAGCCCACACUGUAAAGACACAGAGAUCAUUGCCACUCUGAAGCACAGUGGUGACAAGAUUUGUUUGGAUACCACUGCCCCCUGGGUUAAGAAGGUCAUUGAUAAGAAUCCUUGCCAACCAGCCUGGCUUGCUUCUGCUGACAAGCCACCUUUCAACUUAAGUGCUAGCGUUAGCAUUAGCUGCCCCAGCACGUUAGCUGCCCCAGGACUGCCCGUGCCACCCCCGGCCAACCUGCUGGCCCCGUCAGUGGCCCUAGAGGGGGAAGACUAG